ACAGAGCUCCAAUCUCCAGCUCCUGUCAGCAAAAGAAGAAUGCAACAAUAUUUUGCGGACUAUUACAGUACUGAGUGACGAAAAACGAACACAAGAUGACUGACCUGAGGAAUGUAACAGCUGUCACAUCAAACAUCAGCAACAGCAAAGAAGUACAGCAAAUCGAAGGCCUGACAUAUACCCAGAUCUUCACUCUGGUCUCAUACAUAGCAAUAUUUAUGCUUGGUACAGUUGGCAAUGGACUGGUCAUGUAUGUGACAGGCUACAAGAUGAAGACAACAGUCAAUUCCAUCUGGUUUCUCAACUUGGCCGUGGCAGACUUCCUCUUCACGUUUUUCCUGAUACUGAGCAUCGCAUCUGUAGCUCGAAAAUUUGACUGGCCUUUCGGUCUCGAAAUGUGCAAGUUCAAUACCUUUGUGUCUGUGCUCAACAUGUUUGCUAGCAUCUUUCUGCUGACAGCCAUCAGCCUGGACCGCUGUCUGUCCACAUGGGUGAUCGUCUGGGCCCAGAACAAACGUACUCCACUCAAAGCUAGGAUUGCAUGUUUGUUCAUAUGGGUGGGAGCCAUAGCCUGCAGCAUCCCCUUUGCCUCUUAUCGUACAUUGAUGCCACAUGGAACGAUUUCAUUCUGUAUCUCUAGCGCUGAUACGCAAGUGAAGAUGAAUCUGGCUGUCUUCAGAUUUGUGAUAGGCUUCGCCGUUCCCAUAAUCAUUAUCAUCUGUUCAUACAUAGCAAUUGGAGUGAGAGCUCGACGUCUCCAAAAAUACAAGAAACUUCGCCCCUUCCGAGUCAUCCUGACUGUGAUACUAGCUUUUUUCUUAUGCUGGCUUCCCUUCCAUAUCUACUCUUUCUGUUCUGUUCGCAGUCGUGCAGAAAAUUGGAGUAUAGACGCUCAAAUUGUCAUUCAAACCUCUGGGCCCUUCAUCGUGAGCCUGGCGUAUCUGAACAGCUGUCUGAACCCCAUCCUGUAUGUGUUCAUGUGUGAGGAGUUCAAGACGAAGCUCAAGCAGUCCUUGCUGCUGGUGCUGGAGAAUGCUUUUACGGAGGAGCAACUGGGCUUCCUCACCCCUCGCCAUUCCAUCAGCUCUCGCCACUCUGAGUCCCACAUCCAGAUGAAAAAAAAUGACACAACUAUCUCCCUCGUCAGCCGCUUGGACAGGACUUCAGACGACUGAAAAAGUCACAGUUCUGUUACAUGAGUCUGCAUAAGACCUUUUUCUUCAAGGUGUACUGAAAGCAGUCCCCCGAGGACACGCAGAACAAAAGCAUUGCUGAGCAGUAUCGAGGUGCCCCCCACCAGUUGUGUGGUUUUGCAAGCUGUUUCUGUAUUUUAACUACUGAUGUUUUCUGUGUUUUCACACAUUCAUUUCUAUUAGAUGUUCACCAAACCAAAAAUACAUGAAUGACACCUACAUUGGUGUCUUUCACUUCUUUUUUAUGUGUUGUUUUCCUUUUUUAUAUUCUUAAAAUAGCCUUUCUAUCGUGACCUGUUUUCCUUUUUGCCUCUCAAACUGUAGACAUGCUCAGGUAUUAAAGGAAGACUUUGACAAACAAAAAACACAUUUACCACUCCCAUUAGAUGGAAGAUAGUUGAUCACCCAAGACAUGUUUGGUGUCCAAACCUUGGUCUGGUUUAGCACUGCAGUUUCAGGGCUAACAUUGCUGACAGCCACUAAAAGGUAGUAGCCAUCCACAUCUUUUUCUCCUAAAUAAAAGUUUUCUCCGCCCAUUAGAGCCAAAUCCAGGUCAUCAAGGCCACACAGGUCGGUUGAUGUGGUUUCUCUUAAUCUACAAAAAGAACAAAACUUCACCACAUAGGAGAAAGCCUUGCUGAAAUAUACAGUACAGUCCAGCUGGCAUUUAAUGCUGGUCAGUGCUGGUUUGUGCUGGUCAGGCAUCCAAAAGACAACAUUUACUGGUUUUGCCGAUGAACAGCCAUGUUGGUCUAUGCAAGGUGCUACAGGUUAGACAACAGGACUACAGAGCAUGUUUCUGUUGUUCUUCUUAUAAAUAACUGUUCAAUUUAUAUGUGACGUAUGUAUUUAUAAAUAAAAACAACAGAAAUUGUGAGUUUAAUCUGGUCUCCACAUGUCUGCAUGAUGUAAAUUCAGCUAUUGUCUAAAUCGGUGCAGCUAUGCAGUCAAGAUUUGUUCAUUUUUAUAGAUGAAAGCACACCAGCAAGUCUGUGCAACCUUAAUGAAGACUUGGAUGUGGUUUGAGUGGGUUUUAGAGAUGUGUUUGCAAAAAAAGAUGUGGGUGUUCCGUUGACUUCUAGUGUUUGUUAACAGCAUUAGCCUCAAAGCUUCAGUACUAAACUAAUGAGCUGCAAAUCUGACACUGUACCAAACAUGUCUUGGAUGGUUGAUGCAUCUGGAGCAGGAGAAAAUUGUGUACAUUAGAUUUUUUUUUUCAUUCAGUCUUUUCAAAACGUAUUAUUCAGUAGAGAAAUGUUUUGAACACUGUAAUGAAACUGGUGUGUUCAUUAUGAGUCAGUGAGUGAGGAAUUUGUGUGUUUGACCAUUUACAGACCUUUCAAUGUUAUUUAGAGUGCUGUGAAUAUUUUGUGAUGAUUGCUUAAUAAACAGUAUUUUCUUA